GCGCCUUUCGCUUGCUGCUUUCUCGUUUCCUGUUCUGGCCGCAUGAACGAUUUUUCUGGGUCCAAGCAGUAUGCUCGCCUCUUUGCUUUCUCUUACUGCCCAAGGCUUCCCCCUUUUCUCAUUUUUCGCCUCUCUCGCUUCUUCCCCGUUGCCAGCUCGAUAGAUUGCUGUAUAGUUCGUGACAUGUACACGUACGAGCUUCGUGUCAUCCAGCAGCCGCUGCGCGCACGCAUGUGUGGGUUUGGUGAGAAGGAUCGGCGACCGUGUACUCCACCGCCCAUUUUGCAGCUGUUCAUCUACGAUCGAGUCACCGGCCAGCAGCUAAGCGUAGAGCACACGGACACGUCUUUCUUCACAGCGACAUGCAAUCUGGUUUCGGCGGACAUGGAGGCCGAGAUGGAUUUGAUCCGGCAACGGUCGUCGCAUGACUCUGGUCACGGCAGCGCCACAGGCAUUGUCAGCGCUGCGUCGUUGAUCCACCAGCAGCACCAGAUAUCAUCGUACCAGCCCGGGUACGACUUCCACCAGCCAGAGAUCAUUGACGGCCCAAUCACAAAUGACAUGUCGCCACACUCAAUGAGCACAAACAUCUCUGCUGAGCCGUCUGUAUACCACUACUCCUUAUCACAUCCGCACACAACAUCCAGCCCAAGCACCGUAAUGGGCUCGACAUCGAUGGCGUUCCCAUCCAGCACCACGCCCUCGGCAGCAGACACAGUGCGCAAUCUCAUUGGAUCGAGCAUAGCCACAGGGGCCAAACUGCAAAACACCGAUGGUUCACUGGGCAUAUUUUUUGUGUUCCCAGAUCUGUCAAUCCGCAAGGACGGCGAGUAUCGUCUGCGGUUCUCAUUCUUUGAUCUGAAAAGCGAGACAGGCGGUAUAAUGCGCACAUCGACCAACAUCAAGGCCAGGACAUUUUCCGAUCCAUUCAGAGUGUAUUCCGCAAAACAAUUCCCGGGCAUGAUAGAAUCAACCUCGUUGUCAAAACAUUUCG